AUGAAAGCGUCUGGAUCAAGAACCAAAAAUAUAAUAACAGAAUAUGGUGUUGGCGUUGAAUCAGAAUGUGGCAAAUUAGAUAUCGUACUUAUGCAUCGACCAGGUCGAGAACUUCUUCGAUUGAACAAAGACAAUCUUCAUGAUCUUCUCUAUGAUGCUGUUCCAAAUAUCAAUGAAACACAUCAAUCUCAUGAUUUUUUUUCUCAAUAUUUACGUGAUCAUGGAACACAAGUACUUUAUCUAACAGAUCUCUUAUGUGAAACACUUACAUUUAGUGAUAAAGCACGUGAUACAUUAAUUAAUGGUAUUGUUGCUCAUUCAUAUUUUAGUGAUAGUAAUCAUCAAGAAGCUGCAAUGGUUCUUCAACAAUGGUUACUAGAACGUACACCUGAACAAUUAACUGAAGAUGUUAUUGCUGGUGUAUCAUGCACACAAGAUGAAUUAGGCACAUCUGAACACGCUCAAACACUUUUAAAAGCUAAUGAUCCGACGAAUCAAUUUGUUAUUCCACCAUUACCCAAUCUUUUGUUUAUGCGUGAUGGAUUUUCAAUUAUUGAAAAAAAUGUUUUUAUUUGGGAAAUGGCUAAACCAGCACGAAGAAACGAACCACUUCUAUUACGUGUCAUCUUUCAAUAUCAUCCAUAUUUAUCAACUUCUGGUUUAAAAAUUGUUGAAUGGGAGAAAAUAACUGAUAAUGAUGAAUUUCCAACAAUUGAAGGUGGUGAUGUCGCUUAUCUUGGUCAAGGUAUUUUACUUAUUGGCUGUAGUGAACGAACAAAUCGAACUGGUAUUGAAGAACUUGCAUGUACAGGUCUUUUUCGUCAAGUCAUUGCUGUUAUUAUACCUCCACGACGUACUUAUAUGCAUUUAGAUACUAUUCUUAGUUCAGUUGGUAAACAUGCAUUUACAUUACAUGGUCUAUUAGCUGAAACUAUGGAAGUAUUUACAGUAGAAAAUCAAAAUAUGAAUGAUAAAACACUUUUAAAACCAAAAUGGGUUUCAUAUGGAUGCAAUGUUCGUCAAGCUCUUCGAAAAAUUCUUGAUGAUCCAAAACUUACUUUUUAUGAUGCUGAAGAUGAAGAAACAUCUAUUCAUGAACAACAACAAUGUCGUCAUAAUGUUGUUGUUAUUGAUGAUCAUCAUAUAAUGACUUAUGGGGGUAGUGAUCCAGAAAAAGGUAUUGUUACUCAAAUGGCUCGUAAUGGUGCUUGUCAAGUUGGUCAAGUUCCUCCUCAAGGUUUAUCCGAAGGUGGCGGUGGUGUUCACUGUAUGACCAAUGCUAUUCGACGACGAGCUAAAUAA